AUGCCAAUUGCCCCAAUCCUCUGUAAUCGUGAAAAGACCGAAUUUGGGUGUACGGGCCCUAUCAUUGACUGCAGCCAGGCUGCCAUGGAACCUGCUGCGAUGCCCCCUGGCCUGAACCCGGCCUUCCGCAGCAGGAAGACCAGGCCGAGACACCACAGCACUCCGAGCACUGCAGUUAAGGCGCUUUCGGCUGUACCGAAAUGCGCGCACCCCGCUGUACGGUUGGCAGUCCCGACUUACAGCGGAUACGGUGACCUGCUCAGUGCCAGGGAUUAUUGUGACUCCCUGGUACGCUACCAGAUGGCAAAUCGUUUGGAGGAUCAGGAGGUGCUGGAACGCGUCGUUCCCGUAGCACUUACUGACACGGCGGCUAGGUGGUACCGGCUUUCCGGAUACCGUGCAACAACCCUCGAGGAGUUCCGCGUGGCAUUCCUGCGCGAAUUCCUACCCGCUGACUACCAGAGUAGGAUGCGGCGAGAGCUUGAGCUACGUACACAAGCUCCUGACGAGUCGCUUCAGGAGUACGUACGCGCGAUGCAAGACCUUUUCUUUGUCGCCGAGCCCAAAGCUUCGAACGAGGAACGCGUCGAGCGGGUGAUCAGGCAGGCACAUCCGACCUUUUCGGCGUACCUGCGCGGCGGCCGCUUCCGAGAUUUAGAAGAAUUGGCCGCCGAGGCAAAGCGCAUUCAAGGCGACAUUCUCGCCGCGCGAGCCUAUCGCCCACCGCCGCCCGCCAGCGAGGCCCUUGAGCCACGCUGCGCGUGGGGAGGGCCUGUGCCCCUCCCCCAACGGCAACAACCCGGCCAAGCUGCCUUUGCGGCUACAAGCGGGUGUGCAUGA